AUGGUCUCCCAACGCCUCACAUACCGCCGACGUAACGGCUACAACACCCGCUCAAACAAGGUCCGAGUGGUCAAGACUCCUGGCGGCAGCUUCGUCCCUGCUCUCCGACCUCGCGAAUAUGCCACAACCUCGAAAGCACAAAAGACCGUCCGAAGAGCAUAUGGUGGUUCGCGGUGCGGCAACUGCGUGCGGGAUCGCAUCGUCCGAGCUUUCUUGAUCGAGGAGCAGAAGAUCGUCAAGAAGGUUAUGAAGGAGGCUGAGGGCAAGAAGUCAGGCAAGAAAUGA